AUGGAUAAUCAAGCAAAGAGUAGUAGUGGUGCUUCCUCUUUUACUAGUGCUAUGAAUCUUGACCAACAAGGAGUGUCUUUUAUUCCUCAAUGCUAUGUUCUACCCCCUUCACAACGCCCAAACAUCAUUCAUCAUCAUGAUGAACAUGUUCUUCCUCUCCCUAUAAUAGACUUGUCUGAUUUUCAUGAUCAAUCUCGUAGAUAUCAAAUUAUCAACAAAAUCAGAAAUGCUUGCAAGGAGUUUGGUUUCUUUCAGAGAUAUAUACUUUACUUCCAUUUCCCAUACCGCAAUUUAAGAUACACUGUCUUUGGCUGCUUCCUUAUAAAUGAAUCAUUCAUAGCUUAUUACAAAAUAUCAAAUGUUAUUAACCAUGGAAUUGAUGAAUCAGCAAUAAAUGAAGCCCUAAAAGCUGCAGAGGAGUUCUUCAACCUCCCUCAUGAUGAAAAGAUGUGUUUGUUUUCUGAUGAUGUUCAUAAGCCUGUAAGAUAUGGAACAAGCCUUAAUCAUGCUAGGGAUGAAGUUUUUUGUUGGAGAGAUUUCAUCAAACAUUAUUCUCAUCCCCUACCGGAUUGGAUUCAUUUGUGGCCUUCAAAUCCACCAAGUUAUAGGAAGAACAUGGGAAAUUAUGCUGAGGCAGUGCAAGAUCUUCAAAACAAACUAAUGGAGAUGAUUUUUGAGAGCCUAGGGUUAAACCCUAGCUACCUUGAAGAAGAAGUUAAUGGUGGAUCUCAACUCCUAGCUGUGAAUUGCUACCCUGCAUGCCCUGAACCCGAACUAACCCUAGGGAUCCACCCUCAUUCCGAUUAUGGAUCAAUAACUGUUCUACUCCAAACUCGAUCCGGGCUCGAAUUCAAGAACAAAAACAAUAAUUGGGAGGCAGUUCCCUUAGUUGAAGGUGGCCUAGUAGUGCAAUUGGGUGAUCAAAUGGAAGUUUUGAGCAAUGGAGUUUACAAGAGUGUGAUUCACCGAGCAACAGUGAAUGUGGAUAAGAAGAGGUUUUCAAUUGUGAGUCUUCAUAGUUUUGCAAUGGACAAGAAGAUAGGGCCAGCAAAAGAGCUUGUUGAUGAUAAUCAUCAUCAAUUACCAAAGUGUUACAAUGAAUUCAGCUUCAGGGAGUUUCUUCAUUUCAUUUCCAACAAUGAUAUUACAAAAGAAAGGUUCCUAGACACUUUGAAGAUCAUGAAAUAA